AUGAGAUUCCCGCAAACGGCCAGCGCAAUUGUGACGGCCCAAUCACAAUGUCCAGACUUCACGACAUAUUCCGCUAGUCCUCAAGGCAAUCCCUCGAACGGCACAUUGGGUCUCCCGUUCAUGCGUCCUGCUCCAGCUUGUCGUACUUUCAAUAGUAGUGCAGUGGAGACAGUUAUUAACGACAUGAAGUCGCGUCUCAAAGAUCCAGAUAUAGCUCGGCUCUUCGAAAACACAUUUCCAAACACUCUUGAUACGACGGUGAAAUACUAUAACCAGAGUGAAAAUCUGGCUUUCAUCAUCACUGGAGAUAUCACAGCUCAAUGGCUUCGUGACACCGCGAAUCAGUUUGCACAUUAUCGCAGCCUCCUCUCCAUGGACUCGGAGCUAGCGACGUUGGUCAAGGCAGUGAUUAACAAUGAAGCUCGAUAUAUCACGCAAUAUCCCUAUUGUGGCGCGUUUCAACCUCCUCCCGAAAGCGGUCUUCCUCCAUCUCUCAACGGCUAUGCUACGGAUGUGAUAGUGAAUCCACCCGUGGAUAACCAGACCGUAUUCGAAUGCAAAUACGAAAUAGAUUCCCUAUGUGGCUUUUUGAAACUUUCGACCUCUUAUUACAAUGAAACAAAGGAUGAUUCAUUUAUGAAUGACAACUGGUUUUCGGCGAUCGACCAAAUAUUCCAGGUCAUUAACAACCAAUCUCAAGGAUCCUGGGACGAAAACUUCAACUUCAUCUCUUAUUACAAUUGGACUGGAUCAGCUGGAUCACUUUCUCCUGCGGUGAAUAACGGUGGUAACGGUGAACCGAAGGCGUAUACGGGAAUGGUCGGGACACAUCAUCGCCCAUCGGAUGACCUGAGUACAUUUGCUUUCCUGACUCCCGCAAAUGCGAUGUUGUCUGUCGAAUUGACGAAUCUAGCCCUCAUACUCGAUGAGGCAGGUCAAGGGGCCAGUAUCAGCCAGUCAGCUAAGGAAUGGAGCAGUAGGAUAAACGAGUCAAUAUGGGCCAAUACGCUUGUAGACAACAUUUUCGCCUAUGAGACAAAUGGUUACGGUGGACGCUAUGUCAUGGAUGAUGCCAACGUGCCUUCGUUGCUUUCCCUACCGUACCUUGGAUUCCUGGAGAAAGACAAUCCUUCCUAUGUUGCAACCCGCCAAUUGCUCUUGUCUCGUAGGAACCCUUAUUAUGCGGCCGGCCAGAACUUCAGCGGAAUUGGUGGCCCUCACAUUGAUGCAUGGAAUCCUUGGCCCAUGUCUCAGAUCUCUGCUAUAUUUGGUACUGACGACGACGAGGAGAUCAUGCAAUCGCUCUACCUCAUAGUGAAUAACACAGAUGGGCUAGGCUUAAUACAUGAGUCUGUGUCAAUCUACAAUCAGAGUGAUUUUACUCGAACGUGGUUUGCAUGGGCAAAUAGUUACUUUGCGGAAAUGUUAUUGGACCUGGCGGAACGCAAGCCUAGCUUGAUCUUUACUGAUGCCGUAAGCUACGCUCCUGGACGGUGAACGAGGACGCAGUCGAAAGCAAUGUUCCAUUGUACCAGUCAGAGUUGAUACUUAUUAUAUGUACUACAUACACAAAGAUACACAACCAAUUUUACUGCUUUGAUUGGUGAG